UUGUUGGUUCGUUCGCGAACGACCCAACACUGAUUUGUUUGCAGUAAAAAUUUCUUUAGACGCUUUUGUUUUCACACAUGGAUACGAAGUCCAACGAUGAUUCUGGUGGUAGCGACUCUCUGGACAAAUCCAUGCAACGCAAGUGCGUAAUGGAGGAGACCAGCAGCACAUCAUCAGAAUGCGCUACGGAGAGGGAUACUUGCAGCAGGGAUUCAGAUUCUGCUGCGCUUGGCGAGUCGCCACCAGGUGAACCAACGACUGAUUCGUGCGAGACGGUGUCCAAUACGGAAGAAGGUGCAACGGGCACGACUGGCGAUGGCAAUAUGAACACAGCAUCGAACACUGCGUUCGACACAACAGUUACACUCAUUUCUCAAAACCUCAGAGAGACAACGCUUGCUGAGUCGGAAACCGACGCCACAGCAGCUACGUCCAGUACAAUUAAUACACCGGGUACACCCGAUCAUAGCAGUAGUACUGAUUGCAGCACAUCGGAUACGCUAACAUCCACAUCGACAGAUGUAGAUGCAGAUGAAUGUGACCAGCGGUCCAAAAAAGUAAGCUUUCAUCCAGAUGUAAAGGCCAAUGAUGGCGGCAAUCGGGUAAAAAAGAAGCGCAGGUCUGCACAGGCCAGCGAUGGCGACUCUGAUAACCAAAGCUGUGAUGGUAUGGACCUGGAUGUCGACAAUGAAGAGGAGGACGAGGACGACGAGAAAGAAGAGGAGUUUAGCAUGGCCAGAACAAUGGCUGAAGCAGACGAUUACUUAAGACAACAUCCACUGACGUUUGCAAGGCGCAAGUCCGCAACAAAUGGCGAGGCACUCCAGGAAGUUCACCAUGCUGAAGAAAUGCAUGAUGAACCGAAUGGCGACGCGCCAUAUUUUAACGAUAUCGACCAUGAUUACUAUAUAAAAUGCAAGCCAGAGAAUGGCAUUGAGAGUAUCUUGGGCAAGGAAAUAAGGGCGGGCAGGGUGGAAUAUCUGCUACGCUACGAAAAUCAGGGUGGUCUGUUCUGGGAGUCCGAAGAAUUUAUACGCCGUACAUGCCCUACAUUGCUAAGAGCCUACGAAAAGAACCGCGAAUGGCGUCAGCAGCGUUUAAUGCAACAUGUUGCUAUACGUCAGGCUACGCGUCAACGAUACACAGAUUUCUAGUAGGGUUUAUUAUUUAUAGCUUAUAGAUCUUGUAUUAGGUUCUGCCUUUAAUUGUAACAUUUUUGUAAAAUUAAGUAAAUGAUUUUCUUUU